ACACCCCUGUUCACUGGAGGUGCCCUGGUCACUCCCCUGCCCACCUGGUGCUUCACAAGCCGAGUUGCAGGGACCAUGUACAGAAUGUCUCCCAUUCAGCCCUGGCUGGAGGCGCUAGAUAAAAGGCCGGGCGAACGGACGAUGACGGACGUGCAGUACGUGGCCGAACUACUGAGAAGUAUCGCCACGCUCCGAGACCUUCCUCACGAGCUGAUCCUCGACCUGGCCAGCUGCGCCUACCUGGAGGACCUCGAGGAGGGGGUCACACUGUUUCGUCAGGGUGACCGCGGCACCAACUGGUACGCCGUACUGUCCGGCUCCGUCUCUGCCUUCCCGUCCCGCGACGCCACCGACAAACUGAGACAGGGUGUGGAACCGUCCUGUCUCUGGUCGGGCGCCACAUUCGGGGAGUCGGUACUGACCGAUUCUCCGCGCCAUUUGACCAUGGUCACCCGAGAGCCCUGCCAGCUGGUGCGCAUCGAGCAGCGGGACUUCCGCAAACUCUGGCAC